AUGGACGCUGCCAUUGACCUCUCCGACGCCUCCAAGGCGCUCGACCUUGCCAACAUCCGCUUCCAGCUCAUCCGUCUCGAGGAUACAAUCACCUUUCACCUGAUCGAGCGCGUCCAGUUUCCCUUGAAUCAGACCAUCUACCACCCGGGCGGCGUCGACAUUGGCGAGCCCAACACCAGCCUGUUUGACUGGAUGCUCCGUGAGCAAGAGCGUCUCCAAUCUCUCGUGCGCCGCUACCAGUCCCCCGACGAGUACCCCUUCUUUCCAGAAGUCCUUCAGGAACCCAUUCUCAAGCCCAUCAACUACCCUCAGAUUCUGCAUCCCAACGAUGUCAAUGUAAAUGCAAAGCUAAAGGAUUGCUACAUCAAGCACAUUCUGCCCGCUGCCUGUCUGCAGACCGAGCGUGGAGACCGGGGCGAGUCGCAAGAAAACUACGGAUCUUCUGCCACCUGCGAUGUCUUGACCAUCCAGGCUCUGUCGCGGAGGAUACACUUUGGAAAGUUUGUUGCCGAGGCAAAGUUCCAGCAAGAGACGGAGCGCUUUGUCAAGCUGAUCAAAGACGAAGACCGGAAGGGCAUUGACGAGGCUAUUACGAAUGCUGCCGUUGAGAAAAAGGUGCUCGAGAGACUGAGGUUAAAAGCGAAGACGUACGGCACCGACCCUGACCUCGGCGCCAAUGGCUCUUCAAAAGUAAACGCAGAUGCUGUGGUUGCCAUGUACAAGGAUUGGGUGAUUCCCCUGACGAAAGAAGUCGAGGUGGAAUAUCUCAUGCAGCGGUUAAAGGGUACCCAAUGGGAAUAA